AUGCCCACGAUACCAAAGGUAAUCCGGGAUUUUAGACCAUAUAACACUGGCUCCGCUUCACCUGAGAACCACUCCUACUCGGGUUCAUCUUUACAGCCUGAGGUCAUGAGGUCUGAAACCACAACCACAACCAGAUUCACAACAUCCUACCCAAUCACAACCAUGAACCACCAAAAUCACAACAUAACACUACCCUCGUUAGGCCGCGUCUGGUACCACAACCAUUCACAACCACAACUAGAACCACAACCACUAUCUUCCACGACCACAACCACAGUCACAAUCACAAGCACCACAACCACUAUGCUCCACAACCACCAUAUCUCUUCCCGCCACCAUACACAGCCAUCACAACCGCUAUGCACUGUCCUCUACAAACACUACAACCUUCAUCCACAACCACCAAUCCUCUACAAUUACAUAUGUAUUCAUGACCACUACAACCAAUGGCUACAUCGUCUUGUCACAACCAUUAGAACAACUAUCCACAACCAGCACAACCACAACAACCACCAUUACUGUUUACAAUAUUCCCACAACCAUAAUCACAACCACAAACACACCAUCGCCAACAUUAUCAUCAUCCUCCCACAACCACGAUAUUACACAACCACAACACCAUCCUACACAGUCACAACCACAAGCACUAUAACCACUAUCUCCAACUACCUGAAGCACCACCAGGAUCAUCCACAACUAGAACCACAACCACUGUCUUCCACGACCACAACCACAGUCACAACCACAAGCACCACAACCAUUACGCACCACAACUACAACCAGAAUCACAACCACAACCACCACAACCAUGACCUUCCACGAUCACAACCACAAUCACCACAACCACAGUUACAACCACUAUGUUCCACAACCACAACCACAGUUACAACCACUAUGUUCCACAACCACAACCACAGUUACAACCACUAUGUUCCACAACUACAACCACAGUCACAACCACAAUCACAACCACAACCACUGUGCUCCACAACUACAACCAGAAUCACAACCACAACCACAGUCACAACCACAGUCACAACCACAAUCACAACCACAACCCCCGACGCCUCCACUUCCAACAACGUGAGCGCCUUCGGACAAUGA